ACCCUCUCCUUCCCGAGCUGGGGCGGCGCGGCCAUGGCGGACACGGCGCAGAACGGGCCCAUGCAGGGAGGCGCCGGCGGAGGAGCCGUGCAAUUCCUGAUGUCUAACAAACUGGACACAGCGAUGUGGCUGUCCCGGGUAUUCACCGUUUACUGUUCAGCGUUAUUCGUCCUGCCCCUUCUAGGGUUGCAUGAAGCAGCGAGCUUUUAUCAGCGUGCCUUGCUGGCAAAUGCCCUCACCAGCGCCCUCCGGCUUCACCAAAGGCUGCCGCACUUCCAGCUGAGCCGGGCCUUCCUGGCCCAGGCGCUGCUGGAGGACAGCUGCCACUAUCUCUUGUAUUCCCUCAUCUUUGUGAAUUCCUACCCAGUUACAAUGAGUAUUUUCCCUGUUCUGUUGUUCUCUUUGCUUCAUGCUGCUACCUACACGAAGAAGGUCCUGGACGCGAGAGGUUCAAAUAGUCUUCUUUUCCUGCGAAAUCUCUUGGACAAAUUAAAUGCUAACCAGCAGAACAUCCUCAAAUUUAUAGCUUGCAAUGAGAUAUUCUUGAUGCCAGCGACUGUGUUCAUGCUCUUCAGUGGACAGGGAAGCUUGCUGCAGCCUUUCAUUUACUACAGGUUUCUCACGCUCCGUUACUCCUCCCGCAGAAAUCCUUAUUGCCGGACUCUCUUCACCGAGCUGCGGAUUGUCGUUGAACAUGUCAUCACGAAGCCAGCGUGUCCCGUCUUCGUGCGCAGGCUGGGUCUCAGUAGCAUUUCCUUUAUCAGCAGACUGGCGCCCACAGUUGCGUAGCUGGCUUCUGGGAAGCAGAUGGGUGUGUCUCUAAUGAACAUUCGGAGCAGCUGGUACUUCUGCUGGGGGUUUAUAAAAUUCUGCAUCUCAGUCAA